AUGUCUGAAACGGUCCAUGAAGUUGAAGAGAGUAUGGAUAAUGAAUCGGAAAUCGAUGCUGGUCAUUCGGCUGGUAUUGGCCCUAUGGGAUUUCAAGCGGAACUGUCAGAAGAGUUAUCAUUUAAAAAAGGUGACUACCUCAGCAUCGUUGGAAAAGGAUACCCCGGAUGGUGCAUUGCAAGGAAUUCGCUUGGACAACGUGGUCUCAUCCCAGAGAAUUAUACCAAGCCAGUAAUUGAUAUAAUGGAACACCAACACUCCGAGAUCGAGGAAAUGACCGAGGAAAUAGAGACGCUCUAUCAUAGACUUCAUAAAGCGCAGGAGGAAAUAGGUACCCUACUGCGAGGUGGACCGACCGACUCCGACGUCACCAACGAUACCGAAACUGGACGGCUCAGGUUUUAUCAAGAAUUUUAA